AUGUAUUCCUGGAAGAAUAAGUUCAAGUUUGGGAAGUCUAAGGAGGAGAAGGAAGUUAAGCAUACAUCUGGAUUUUUCCAUCACAAUGAGAAUAAGCAAGAAGAGGCAUCAUCUCAUAAAAAUUCUGAUAUGUCUCGUAAGGAGACAAUCACUACUGAUUCACCUUCUGUGAUUGCUCCAAUGCGCUCUUCGAGAGAUGCUUCAUCGACAGCCACAUCGACAACUAAUUUGUCCGAUGAGUUAAGUCAAUUUAGCAAUAGUGGACCUGAAAUCAAUGAAAAUGUUGACCAACAUCAAGAUUUUACAGGUUCUCAACCUGUACCAAACACAUCAACAUCCACCAGUGGUGUCAUGACUAUCAAAGUGUAUAACGGUGAUGGUUUCAAUUUACCAUUCCCGAUUACAGCUAAUAAUCAGAUUUUAUCAAAGUUGUUAAAUUCUGGGGUAGCUCACGUGGAACAGCAUUCUUCUCAACCUAAUGCUGUGAAUGUUGAUCAGUUAAUUGCACAGUUGUCUCGUGUUACUAUCAAUAAUCAAGGUCCAGGAGAUGAAUCUUUGAUACCAGAUGAAAUUUCUUCAAAGUUUAUACCUGCCACAAUUUUAUUACCAGGCUCAAAUAAAUUAAAUCCAUUAUUAUAUUUCACUAUUGAAUUCGAUAAUACAGUGGCUACAAUUGAGCCAGAAUAUGGUACUAUGGAACAACCUAUCUUCAAUAAGAUCUCUACAUUCGAUGUUACCAGAAAAUUAACUUUUUUGAAAAUCGAUGUCUUUGCAAGAAUUCCAUCUAUAUUGUUACCUUCAAGAACAUGGCAACAAAAGAUGAGUGCAUCUGAUGAAAAAUUAAAAGGUAUGUUAGAAAAGAUUAAUAGAAAUGAGGAUAUACAUUUGGAUACAUUCCAUUUACCAAUUAAUUUGCAAAUUGAUUCUGCUGCUAAUAUCAGAUUAUAUAAUCAUCACUGGGUCACUUUAGAUAAUGGAUUUGGUAAAAUUAAUUUGAGUGUUGAUUAUAAACCUUCCAAGAAUAAACCAAUAACUAUUGAUGAUUUCGAUUUAUUGAAAGUGAUUGGGAAGGGAUCGUUUGGUAAAGUUAUGCAAGUGAGAAAGAAGGAUACUCAAAAAAUAUAUGCUCUAAAGGCAAUUAGAAAAUCUUAUAUUGUGUCGAAAUCGGAAGUAACACAUACAUUGGCUGAAAGAACUGUGCUAGCAAGAGUAGAUUGUCCAUUUAUUGUUCCAUUAAAAUUUUCUUUCCAAUCUCCAGAGAAAUUAUAUUUUGUAUUGGCUUUCAUCAAUGGUGGUGAAUUAUUUUACCAUUUACAAAAAGAAGGGAGAUUUGAUUUAUCUCGUUCUAGAUUCUAUACAGCUGAAUUAUUAUGUGCAUUAGAGACAUUACAUGAUUUGGAUGUAAUUUAUCGUGAUUUGAAACCAGAAAAUAUUUUGCUGGAUUACCAAGGUCAUAUCGCCCUAUGUGAUUUCGGUUUAUGCAAAUUGAACAUGAAGGAUGAAGAUAAGACCGACACAUUCUGUGGUACACCGGAAUAUUUGGCCCCAGAAUUACUAUUGGGCCAAGGUUAUUCUAAAGUGGUGGACUGGUGGACUUUGGGUGUCUUGUUAUAUGAAAUGUUGACAGGUUUACCUCCUUAUUAUGAUGAAGAUGUGCCAAAGAUGUAUAAGAAGAUCCUACAAGAACCUCUAAGGUUCCCUGAUGGAUUUGAUAGAGAUGCAAAGGACUUAUUGAUUGGCUUACUAAGUAGAGACCCUUCAAGAAGACUUGGUCGUAAUGGUGCUGAUGAAAUCAAGAAUCAUCCAUUCUUCAGUCAAUUAUCCUGGAAACGUUUAUGGAUGAAGGGCUACAUUCCACCAUAUAAACCACAUGUAAGUAAUGCAGCUGAUACCAGUAAUUUUGAUCAGGAAUUCACAAAGGAGAAACCAGUGGACAGUGUUGUAGAUGAAUACCUGAGUGAGAGUGUUCAGAAACAAUUCGGUGGCUGGACUUACGUCGGUAACGAGCAAUUAGGUUCAAGUAUGGUCCAAGGAAGGAGUAUCAGAUAA